AUGGCCUCCGAUACCAAGUUUGACCAACGCCUAGAAGAGGGAUUGCUGCCUGCCGCUGCCAACGAAAAGGGGAUUUCAACCUUGAGACCAACCAGGACCUCAAACAACACCAAGAUGACUGCCGCCCGCCGUGUCCUGCUUACCGUUCUGGUGUGCGGCCUCGUGACCCUCGGUCUCGCGUCCGCCAUCGGUCACCGGGUGAAGCCCUGCACGAGAGAUCACCAGAGGCAGGUCCUCCUUGAUGGGGGAGAAGCCCAGGAUCCCGCCCAAGUGGAUCUCAUUCACCGGUUGCUUCAUGCCUACUUCCCUGAGCGCUACCAGGAUGGGGUCUAUCCCUCGGACAAGGACGCCAUCGCUGCUUUCGAAGCGGAUGAUGUCGAGCUAGCCUCUGCUCUGGACCAGCUGGCGAAGCGUCAGGAUAAUGGCACAACCACUGCUCCGUCUGCCACCGUAGCGCCUUCGGACACUGUUGCUGCAUCUCCGUCUGUCUCGUCAGCACCGCUUACGAGCGAGACCCCAGCCCCGACCCCGACUCCUACGCCGUCGCCAUCGCCGUCGCCAUCGCCAUCGCCGUCGCCGUCCACUCCGGCAACUAGCCCCACCCCUGCCCCGGACACCAGAGUCUCUUCCACCCCGGUGCAGUCCAACACUGAGCAACAACCCACUACUCAAUCACCCGAACCCGCACCUACCACCCCUUCGACUCCGGCAACGUCAGCAGCAGCACCUCCUACUUCUGGUACGUCUCAAACGGAGCAAGCCGAGGCUCCCUCUUCUACUGUUGGGCCGUCCCCUGCCUCUACUGGGUCUCCGACGACGACCAGUGGGUCUCCUUCCUCUUCUUCUCCCCCUCCCUCUUCUACUGCCCUCUCGUCUGCUCCUACUACGGCCUCUCCGGGGUCCUCGAGUGCGUCCACGCAGGGUACGUCUACUCCCCUUUCUGUCGAGACUACUGCGGUUGUGACGACCUCGUCCCCAACGAUCUCCUCCCCGCCUGUAUCGACCGUCUUGCCCACCAGUGUGUCUGUGUCUGUAUCCGACACCCCUCAGUCAUCUACCGUCACUCGUGCCACUCCCCGGACGACCUCCUUCAGCGAGGUCCUGGCCACUUUUACGUCGACCGCCUCCGACGGCGACGUUGUGCUCUACACAAUGACGUCUUUUGUCGCCGUGAACCCGGAAGCGACCAGCGAGCCUACCGGAUCUGGCAGCAGCGGUGGCGGCGGCCUGCAGAACGCUGCCUCCCCAAUCGGCGGUGUUUCGUUCUAUUUGCCCUUUUCUUUGGCCGGUAUCGUCGCCGGCGCCAUGCUCCUGCUAUAA